AUGAGCCCCGCGCCCCGGUCGCAGCGCGCCUGUGACAGCUGCCGCAUCCGCAAAGUCAAAUGCGACAACGGGCAGCCGUGCACGCAGUGCUCCCACUUCAAGCUGCCCUGCGUCGUGUCCUCCGGGCCUUCGAAGCGACAGAAUCCCAUCAGAGGUAGACUCGUCGCGCGAGCCCGCGGAGAGAAUGACCUGGGCAACUUGGAGACCGGGCCAGGGAGGCCCGCUUCCGCGCCGAUACCUGCUCCUUCGGGCGACUCGCCCCGGAACCACCGCCCAGAUACCCUUUUCGAGUCUCUUCUCACGCCGACUGGCUACACCACCGAGUUCUUCAUGGAUCUUAUCCCCAGUUUCGAACAGCUCGUCUACCCCGUCAACCCGGUCAUCACACCCGACGACAUCGCCGUGGCCAUCGGGAACAUCCGCGGCAGCUUCGAGGACGCCGCGCUCGUCUACGCCUUUGCCGCCGUCACCACCUUCCUGACCCAGCGGUCGGCGACGAUGCACGGCGCCGUGGCCACGCAGAUGGACGACCUGAUGCAGCACAGCCUGGCCGCGCACAAGCGUGUCGACCUGCAGACCGCGCCCGACGGCCGCAUGGUCGAGGAGCCGCCCAUCAACGCCAAGCGCGUCAUGACGUGCAUCUUCCUCGAGAUCUCGAUGAUGGCGUUCAAGCGCUUCGACCGCAGCUUCGCCCUCCUCCGCGAGGCCAUCACCAUGCUCCAGACGGUCAAGGUGCACCAGCUGUCCGGCACCGGGAGCGGCGAUGCCACGUAUCAGCGCCUGUACUGGGAGACGUACAUACACGAGCGCUUCCUCACCAUCGCGUCCGGCUACCCCAGCGUCCUGCCCCCGCUGAAGGCCGGGUUCCCCGCGCCCGACUCUACGGUCCCCGCCUAUGUCGAGCUCGGCUUCAAUCGGCUCAUCUCGCUGUUCCUGAUCAUGGACAGGCCGCUGCUCGCGUACUGGGAGGAGCAGCAGGGUAUCGAGCCCUCCACGUCUGACAUCACGCCGGAGUGGGUUGAGCAGAAGCAGAUCCAGCUCGACCAGGACGAAGCCAGCACCUACGAGGCAGACAAGGCCUUGAGGGAAAGCGGCCGCGGGGCGUUGACCGAGUUUCAGCUCGUUGAUUUGUACAUUACGCGUGUGUGGCUCCGGACUCUGGUAUGGCAGCUGGCCCUUUCGCGAGGCCUGCUGCAGUCCGCGCCGCCCGAGACGGUCCACGAAGGUCUGUCACUGAACUACCCGGCCCAUCGCCUGUCGACCGAGCUUCGCAGUCUCGUCAACCGCAUGGAGAGCGUGGGCAGCAUCGCGACGCAGGGGAGUGGUAUCAUCCAGAAGCUCUUUGAGAUCACCAGCACCAUCGCCGACGUGCUGGCCCUUCCCCUCGCGGCGGACAUGGAACGGCAAGAGGAGGCGGCCGGCCAUGUGGCGGACCUCGUUUUCCUUGUCAAGUUCUUGUUUCAGUUUGAGCGCAUCAGGGAGCAGCAAAAGGCAUAUCUGCAGGAAAAAUUGGACAUGCUUCAGAAAUUAUACCCGGCGGGGCUGAAUAGUCAUGAUCUAUCGUAG